AUGACAACCCCCCAAGUCUGGCAGUCCCUUCCGGACGCCGUUGCUGCAUCCCUCGAGAAGCUCCCGGAGAUACUGAACCAAGAUCCCCAAUGGCAAGCAUUCAUCAACACAGAGGGUAUUCACCAAAAAGUCACAAUCGGCAUCCAAUCAACCGGUUCAAAGAACACCAUCCUAGUUACCGUGGAACCCGGCUCACGCACCACGAUCUCAGCCGGCCAACCCUCCGACGCCGACUUCACCCUAACAGCACAACCCUCACACUGGGCCCAUUUCUUCUCCGCUACCCCAAAAGCACCAUACACCAGCUUCGUCGGCAUCCAGGGAAUGAACAUCGUCCAAGACGGCGCAGGCGUACUCGGAAACCACGACAAAUACAGCCAGUACGCACACCUCACCACACACCUCCUAAACACGAUCCGGGAGGGGUUGCACGGCCCUCCUACUCUGGACGAGGAGCAGCCCGAAACCGACGAGGAUUACCUCACAGGGAGGUAUGUUUACAUAACACCGCCCCUGUGGGGAAGAUCCAAGGUAUUCUAUGAGACGAGCGGGGAGGGCGCACAGGAGAUCGUCUUCCUGCACACGGCAGGCAGCGACAGUCGACAAUACCACGCCGUCAUGAACGACGCGAGAAUGCGUGCCAAAUGCACCAUGUACGCCUUCGACCUACCAGCGCACGGGCGCAGUUUUCCAGGAAAGAACCAUAUACCGGGAAACCACACGAACACCGAGGACGCCUAUGUCGGCUGUAUCCGGGAGUUCAUAAAAGCGCUGAAGCUAAACAAGCCCAUCAUCUGCGGCGCGUCGAUGGCCGGACAGGUUUGUAUCGCGGUGGCAAUCCGCGCUGAGGAGGUCGGUGCCGGCGGCUCGAUUCCUUUACAGGGGUGUGACUAUUUGACCAUGCAGCGGCAGUUUAAUGACAAGUCACCGCUGGUGAAUCAGUCGCUGUUUAACCCGGAUUGGAUCUAUGGGAUGAUGGCGCCGAGUGCGCCGCUUUCGAACAAGCGGCUGGUCUGGCAUACGUAUAGUGGCCAGGCGUAUGGGAUUUUCCACGGGGAUCUGGAUUUCUAUUUUGGCGGCUUUGAUGCGCGGGAGCGUGUUGCGGGUAUCGAUGUGAAGAAGUGUCCGAUUUACUUCUUGACUGGGGAGUAUGAUUGGAGUACUACGCCGCAGAUGAGCGAGGCUACAGCGAAGAAGAUUAAAGGUGCUGGGUUUAAGGAGAUGGUUGGGCUGGGCCAUUUCCCGGCGACGGAGAGUCCUGGGCGAUUUAUUCCGUAUUUGAUCGAUGCGGUCGACUGGAUCCAGAAGACUCGUGCUUGA